AUUUCCUAAAUAAUGCUUUUUCCUCCUCAUUUUUCUGGCAAAAAAAAAAAACUUUAAAUAAAUGAAAGCAAAAGGAGCAGUGUUGUUUUGCUGAUGUCGCGGUGUGAUGGUGUGAUUGAGGCAAACAAUGAAGGAGCAGAGAGAUGCAGAAGUGGAAUUGGCGAAGCAGAGAUGCAGGUUCGUGAUUGAUAGAAUUCAAGAGUUGCCUGCGUCCUCCAAGAUCACCGACUCUUGCCGCCGCACCCUCCUCAAAUUAGCUCGCUCCGAGCUUUCUUUCCUCUCUCGCUUCUCUUCUUGUUCUUCUUCUUCCUCUUCUGCUGCUGCUGCUGCUACUAUUUCUACGCCUCUCAGUGUCAACAUUGGACAUCUUGAGGCAGUUGUGCACAUUCUCCAGCAGCCUUUCAUAACAGGAGUUUCUCGAGCUUGUAAGUCAGUUCCACUCUUACCUACAGUUAGAAGAGAAGAGAGUCAUUGUUCUUCUCUCAAAGACAUCCAUGUGGAUAUAGUGUGCACCUUCAACAGGAAGCCAGUCUGGAUUAUUGUAUCUGAUGGAAAUCCAAAGUAUGUCUCUUGGCAUAGAUGUCAUAAAAGUAAGGGUUUAAAAUUGCGCAUUCAAGAAGUCCUUGCUGCUGCGCAAUCAAGCUUAACAUUAAGACCUUCUUCAGUUAUCCUUUUCUUUGCAAAUGGGAUUGCAAACCAUGUUCACAAAAAGCUUCAAGAUGAGUUUGGGGCAUCAGAAAUUGGAUUGGGGCCUUCAGUUUUUAAUUUUGAUGCAUUUGAGGAAUCAGAGGGUGACUGGAUAAACAUACUGGCAAGAUCUUAUAAAGAUGCGUGCAUCCUUGAAAUAAAACCCACUGGUAGCAAGGAUGUUGUUUCAGGGUUAGACCAUAGUGUCAAAGGUUUAACUAUGGACUCUGCUCGACCAGAGGUUUCAGUAGAGAAAACUGAAGCUCAGCUUCAGCUUUCUGUUGAAGAUUGUGAAGCCAACUUGGCUGAUACAUUCCGCUCCAUUGUUCUGGGACUGGAAUUAUGCUCCUUGAACAUAAAAAAUUUAGAAUCUUCUGAUCCAGGAAACUAUUUUGGGGAUAUUGAUCUAAUAAAUUUUGAUACAACAGCUUUGAUAGCACUUGUAACAGGAAUUAGCAAUGACGGUGGUGUGCAGAAACUUUUGGCUCAUCCAGAGAGUGAAAUGAGGGUGAGAUUCAAGGGAAACUACGAGUUUGUGGUUGGUCAAGCAAAGUCUGACAUUCAGAAUCCCAUCCUUGUGGAAUUCAGUAGAUUAUUAUGUGGAAAGACAGGCAUUAUUUGUGAGAGUGUUCAUAUGGAAUUCAAGGAGUUGGUAUUACUGUGUGGUGGGCCCAAUGAGAAACUGAGAGCUGAUAAAUUAAUAAGUAGCCUCAGGGUUGUUCCUGAUUGUCCUUCAGAACGGAUAAUGGGCCUGCCAACAAGAAGAAAGUUGGCGAUGAAAAAUAAGGUUAUUUUUGGUACCGGUGACUAUUGGCACGCUCCAACUUUAACUGCAAAUAUGGCGUUUGUCAGAGCAGUUUCUCAGACAGGGAUGUCCCUUUCUACUAUUGAGCAUAGAUCACGUGCCCUAAUUGGUGAUUAAUUGCAUGCAUUCUCCACGUGAACAGUGAACGCUUUCUUUCCCUCACAAUAGCAGGCAAUAGAAUGUAUUUUCAGUUGGAGGGGGUGUCUUGUCUGUUCAUCAAAACCCCAUUGCUUGAGGAGUUCCCCAAAUCUGGGCAUUGCAAUUUAGUUGGUUGUAUUAAAAGCCUCAUUUGACGUGCCUUGUAAAAUAAGUAUGCAGAUAUGAAAAACACUAGAUAGUGUUGUGUAAGUUUUAGUUUUUCAUGAAAUUAUAGAAGUUUUUAUAAUAUGGUAUGUUUAUUGUAUUGGCAUACAUUUUACUGUAUUAUAUGACAUAAAGCCUAAUGAUGCAUUUCUGAUAAAUUAUUCA